AUGCCACCUCGCGGCCGUCCCACUCUCGUCGUGCCAGUGUGCUCCCUCGCCGAGCCGCUGGUCCACCUCGACCCGGAGGUCGGCGCAUGCUGUCACUCUGCGUGCAGCGACUGCGAGUGGCGGCUGCCCGACGGUGGAUACCGGUUCGAUGUCCUCAAGGCGACCAAGCCAAAGUGGGUCCCGUGCUAUCUCCGCCGCGACUUUGGCGACGAGCGUGGCUGCCACGAGCCUCGCUGGGCCUCGGCGCUCUUCCCGGGCGGAGGCGAGGUAACGCGGGCGCAGUUUGGCGAGGCGCUCGCCGGCCUCGGCUUUGAGAUGCCGAUGGGCCCGCGAGGCAGCGUGGGCGCCGACGGCGGCGUGCCCGAGAGCGCGGCCGAUGCGCUCUGGGCGUGGCUGGCUGGCGAUGGCGACGCGCUCACGCCAGAGGGCGCACGAACGCGGCUGCAGGCAAUGGCCGAGGACCCCCAGGCCGAGGGCGCCGUCGGUGAGGGCCCCGACCACCUCGUGUGGAAGGAGUUUGCAAAGGACGCGGCACGCGGGGGGCGCUGCCUCCUGCUCCUUUGCGGGAGCUAUGGCGGGACCGCUAUCGAGUAUGGCUUAUCCUCCGGCCAGCACGGCCUCGACUAUUGCAUCGCCGAGGCCGACACCACCAUCGACACGACAGCGUCGACCACCAUGGCAGCUCCAACGUGUGCGCUGCCAUGGACAAACCGUGCACUCUAUAUGCCAGCCACCACCUGGGCGCCCGGCAUGCCGAUGCUGCUGUCGGCGAUCGAAGAAGCGUAG